AGCAGCUCAACUCAGCUCAAGUCCGACUUAACAUGACGCGCGUGUACCUCGACUAUAACGCCACGACGCCCGUGGAGCCGGCCGUGCUGCAGGCGCUGCUACCAUUCCUCGGGCCGCAGUUUGGCAACGCGUCGUCCUCGUACGCGCUGGGCCAGACGGCCAAGCAGGCGGUGGCCGUCGCGCGCGCGCAGGUGGCGUCUAUGCUGGGCGCGGCGGACGCCGGCGAGGUCGUGUUCCUCUCGGGCGGCACCGAGUCCAUCAACUACGCCAUCAAGGGCGCGGCGCUGGCCGCCAGGCGCGAGAGCGGGCGCAGCCACAUCGUCACGUCCUGCGUGGAGCACGUGGCCGUGCUGGAGACGUGCAAGUGGCUGGAGACGCAGGGCUUCCGGGUCACAUACCUGCCCGUGGACCGCUUCGGCUGUGUGCGCGUGCAGGACGUGCUGGACGCGCUCACGCCGCAGACGUGCGUGGUGUCCAUCAUGCUGGCCAACAACGAGGUGGGCUCGCUGCAGCCCGUGGCCGACAUCUCGCGCGCGGUGCGGCGGUUCGCGGACGAGCAGGAGCAGCGCCUGCCCAUUGCCGUGCACACUGACGCCAGCCAGGCGAUCGGCAAAGUGCGCGUCAAUGUCCAGGACCUGGGCGUGGACCUGCUGACGGUGGCCGGCCACAAGCUCUACGCGCCCAAGGGUAUCGGCGCGCUGUACAUCCGUGAGGGCACGGCGGUGGACACGAUCAUCCACGGCGCGUCCCAGGAGAGUGGACGCCGUAGCGGUACGGAGAACGUCGCGCUGGUGGCGGCGCUGGGUCAGGCCUGCGCGCUCGUGGAGAAGAACUUGCACGAGUACGCCGUCAUCAUGCAGGAGAGCAGGACGUUCCUCCUCGAGCAGAUCCAGAAGCACUGCAGCCUGACGAACGUCAGCUACCAGGUCAACGGCCACCCGGAGCUGUCGCUGCCCAACACACUCAGCAUCAGCUUCGAAAACAUCAACGCGCCUCGGAUUCUCGACUUGAUCGAGGCUGAAGGUGUCUACGCUAGCGCUGGAUCGGCUUGCCACAGCCACCAGCACGACAACGACAACGACGGCGACAAGCAGAAAAAGCCCGAGCGCCAAGAGGAACGCAUUACCAUUUCACACGUGCUAGCUGCCAUGCACGUGGCCCCCGAGUUCGCCAAGGGCACGCUGCGUCUGUCGGUGGGUCGGUCCACCACGCAGGAAGAGUUGCUGUAUGCCGCCAACGCCAUCCACAAGGCAAUUCAGCAGCUCAUGUAA